AAUAAAUUAAAAAAAUAAUAAAAUAAAAAAAAAAUAAAAAAAAAUGUCAAAAGGAUAAGCUUAAUCUAAAACUGCUACUAAAUAAUCUAAAUCAAAAGCAAUUAAAAAGAUACCCACUAGAAAAAGCUGCUACAGGAAGAAGUGCAAGCAAAAGUAGAAGUAAAAGUAAAUCAACUACCCCUAAAUAAACUGUCUAAGUAUAAACACAAGCUACAAACUCCACUAAUACAACUGCUCCUGUGAAAGCAAUAACCCCUAAGGCUAAAACUACUACCCCUAAAGGAAAAACCACUACCCCUAAAUAAACUUCUGCUAAGAAAUAAUCUGCUGGUAAAAAAGCAGCUGCAGCAAAGAAAAGUUCAUCUAAGGUAACUCCUUAAAAGAAAGGUGCUGCUAAAAAAGGAGGUAGAAAAGCUGCUGCUGCUACCAAAAAAACAUAAAAGAAAUGAGAAAUUAAAUUUUUAUUUUAAUAAAUAAUAAUAAAUAUAAUUUUUAUUAAAUGUUGUAUUGUUAAUGUUUUUUAAUUGGAAUUUUUAAUAAAAUAAUAAAAAAAAAAUACUUUAUUUAUUACUUUUUUUUUAUAAUAUAAAAUGAAUAUAUAUAUUUUAUUUAUUAAAUAAAAAAAAAUUAUAAAUAGAUUUUUUUUUAAUAAACUGAUGAGAAAAAAUAUAUUUUAAAAUUGUUUAUUAAUAAUGUAAAUAUUUAUAUAUAAAAAAAUAUUUAUAUAAAAAUAAACAAAAGAUAAAAAUUUAUUUAACUAUUUUAUUUUAAAGUUAAAAAAUAUUAAAAAUUUUUUUUUUUUUUUUAUAUAUAAUUAUUUCAGAUAAUAUUAAAUAGUUUUUAAAAAUUUUCAUUUUUUUAUUUUUAUAUUUGA